UUCCCCCAUCAUCUCUCUCUCUCUCUCUCAGAUCGAUUCUGCUCCGCGCCGAUCAUCGCUAAUCUCCACCGUUCAUUCACCGCCGCAUGAUCCAUCUCCCGAAAUAAGAGAUAUUAUUAUGGGUUCAGUUUGUUGCGUAGCUGUUAAAGACAGGAAGGUUCCUCCACCUCCUAGUAGUAGUAGCGCCGCCGCCCACGCUGCUUCCUCUCUUCAUCGUAACUCAGCUUGCUCUCCUCAAUGGAGCUUUCGUCGCGAUAAUAACAGGAGACGUGUGGCUGAUGAGAUUGAUGGUUCGCCUUAUUAUAGUCCUUAUGUUGGGAGUAGAGGACUUAGUAUGGAUAAGAUGUCUUCUUUGGGGUCUGAGAGAGGGACUCUCUCUGAAGGUGGAACUCCUCCUCCUGAUCCUCCGUCGUUUUUGAAAUCUGUGGUGGCUACGGAGAUUGGAUCUAACUCGUUGGUUCCACCUUCUUCAGAUUCAUCCUUGGCAAGUCAUGACAACCCCAUCGAGGGGAAGAGUUUAGUUGAUUCACCGAGUAUUGUUCCAUCAGCUCUUCCGAAGCCUUUAUUCUCGCCAUCUCUUUCAACUCCCGUCUGUGACUUUUCAUCGGCUCACACGCGUUUGCUUCCUCCUAAAUCCACACCGUCAAGACGUGCUAGGCGUUCACCGGGGCAUCAGUUGUUUAGGCAGGUUUCCGAUAGUCAGAUUCUAGGAUUUAAAUCCCCUAGUAAUAACUACUCAGUCUCUGAAGGAAGGUCAUCCUUUAAGCUUUCGACCUGUAGCAAUGACUUCGCGAAUGGUUCCCAUUACGCUUCUUCUGAAGGUGGAUGGUCCUUGAACACAUUCUCUGAGCUUGUGGCGUAUUCUCAGAGGGAGAGAUGGUCAUUUGAUAGUGAACACUUGGGUUCUGGUAGAAGGAAACUUAGUGGUGGUGGUAGCAGCAGAUUCUCUUUCUCCCCUUCUGUUGUUGUUGAUCAGCAGACUUGUGGAGCUUGCUCGAAGUUACUAACCGAGAGAUCUUCUGUUGCUAAUUUCGAGCUCCCAAUCGCUGCUGUUCUUGCUUGUGGUCAUGUUUACCAUGCAGAGUGCUUAGAGACCAUGACUACUGAGAUAGAGAAGUAUGAUCCUGCUUGUCCCAUUUGCACCAUUGGGGAGAAACGGGUUGCGAAAAUAACAAGGAAAGCCCUAAAGGCGGAGGCUGAAGCGAAGGCAAAGCACUACAAAAGAUGUAAAAACCGUGUGGUGGAUAGCUAUGGUGAGAGUGAGUGUGAUGAGUUUAUGUUCCAGAAGACAGGGAAAAGAGAAGGAAAAGCUCUGAAGAUGGAACCUAGUUCCAGUAGCAAAGGCCCGUCUAAGUCGUUCUUGAAAUGGCAUUUCGCUUCUCUCAGCUCUAAGUGGAGUAACAACCGCUCUUCCAAAGACUUUGCUUUGAAGAAAGGGUUUUGGUCUAGACAUCGUAACAACCGUUCUUCAUCAAGCAUAGAGGUAAAAGCUUCAUUCAUCUUCUCAUUACUAAUUUUAAGAAUGGUCUCAUAGUAACCGAUGGUAAACAUUUCAGGGACUUAACCAGACAUCUCAGCUUUAAGGAAACCUCUCAGAUCAGAGGAAUGUGAGGUUAUGUAGGAAAGCUUUGUAAAAAAAAAAAACAGAGUGAGCUUCAGCUUUAGCCUUUAGAGCUGCGUCUUUAACUUGUUUCGUUUGGCAUGUUUUUUGUGUGUUUCAGUGUAACUUAUGGGGAUGAUUUUUUUUAGUUUAUGAAACAAACUUUAAUCAUUUAGAAAGAAUUGAUAAAAUUUUG